ACAGAACAUCAUAAAGUAAUUAAGUUACUAAGAAGAUCACAGCAAGAAGCUUUGACGCAUGAUCGGCACAAAUGGUUUAUCAUAAAUAAAGACACCUGAAUCUGGAUACUAGUAAAUAGUUUCCAGGUUUACAACGCAAUGAUAUAUUUAAAUCAACAGAAUUGAAUUUUGUUGUCAUAAAGUAUUCAUAAUCCUUACAUGAUUGAUCAUACAUGUAGGAUCUUCAAAUAAAAAGGGAUUAUAUUUUCAAAAGCAGGAAACGUCAUAAGGACAUCCAUUCAAGUGACACAUAUACCAGUAACUGCUCAGAAAGCAAAACUCAAAAUGACAUUUAGGAGUCUAAUAACUGUUUGUAUCGUGUCAAAUUUGGGACUUUUACUCGCAAUGAAGUGUACAUUUGAGAAGAAAUGUUUAUGGGAUUUAAAUGGAGGAGUUGGAUUUAAUAUCAGGAAAGCUAGAUUCUCAAGAGAUGGACCUAAACAGGACUUUUCCAGGGGCAAUAGGGAUGGGCAGUAUGCCAUUGUGACAUCAAAAAAGAGAAGGGCCUCAAUGCAGAGUCCAUGGUUUGGUGACACAAUACCAAAGUGUAAGCUACAAUUCUACGCACAUAUAACCCCUGGCAAUAAUUCUAUCAGUGUUCGAAAAGAUGAUGGUGAAACACUUUGGACAUUAAAGCCUAAAUUCAACACUGCAAGAUGGCGGGAGUACAAUAUUACAAUUGGUCAAAUGACAGAACCAUUUAGACUGAUUAUAGAAGCAUCAAGAGAUAGAAAGAAAGGAUAUGUGGCCAUUGACCAAAUCAAAAUGGUGGACUGUGACCCAGAUCUCACAAGAGAUGAAAUGUGUAGCCUAGAAGAGUUUUAUUGUAACACAACAGGUUGUAUACACCAUUCCAGAGUAUGUGACAUCAAUAUGGACUGUGUAUAUGGAGAAGAUGAGGCUAAUUGUGAUUAUUUACCAGUCCAUUCCCGAUGUACAUUUGACAAAGAUUGGUGUGGAUGGCAUAACAUUGGACGAAAAGGAACAAACUGGUCAAGAAGUAACGGAGAUCACUUUCUCAAUGACCCAAAAGACAGGUUAACUGGCCCAGCUAAUGAUCACACAAUGAAAAAUAAAACAGGAUAUUUUCUGCACUUUGAUGCCUCCACUGAACAGCAAAUGCUCGAGGGAAAGGUUGUUGAAAGUGAAACAUUUGACCCUCCACCUCAGAUUGUAUAUGACCAGAAUUCCCCAUACUACAACACAUGUAGGGUGCAGUUCUACUACCACAUGUUUGGGCCUCAUACACAGACACUUGAGCUUGUUGUAAAUUCAAAGCAAUUUAACAUACCCAAGGUGAUAAUGGAGAAAAGUCACAAAAAUGAGGAUAGGUGGCGCCGUGAGUCCAUACCACUUCCAAAACUUACAGAAAGGUAUUCCCUGAGAUUUAUAGCCACAAAAGGUUAUCGUUACCUUGGAGAUAUUGCUGUUGAUGAUUUCUCUCUAACCCCAGAAUGUUUUCUUCGUGUACCCAGUAUGGUCACAGCGGGACCUGCAAUUCACUACAAAGACGACGAGAACAGAACGGCAGAGUAUGAAAUCAAUACAUGCGGCUCACAGGGUAAUAUUGGACCAACACCACUCCAGUGUAAAUCUGUCUACAAGUAUACUAAUGUGAACAUCACAGUACAAACAACGCCACCUUUUGAGGGAAUGCAAGUCUGGGUUGUGCCAGAGACAGCAAAAUAUAGCAUCACAGCCCUUGGUGCAAGUGGAGGGAAUGGUUUGAAACAACAAGAUAUGAAGUUACGACGUGGAGCUUUUGCUCAUGCAGAAUUCAACUUCACAGAGGGAGAGAUACUUUAUAUCCUCGUGGGGCAGGAGGGUCAGACUCCUUGUAGUCAGACGAGUAUGUUGAACAGAGGAAUCUGUGGUGGGCAUGAGGAAUAUGAUUCAGCGGUUCCUGGUGGAGGCGGUGGCGGUGGAGGAGGAUCAUUUGUCUUUAAGAUGGUAGAUGGAGAACUGGAACUGUUGAUUGUUGCCGCAGGUGGUGGAGGGCUUGCAUACAGGAAAGGCAACAAGUUUGGCAAAGAGUCCAAGAAAUACAACAAAGGCACAAACGCAGCAACAUUUGAAUUUGGCCCUGGGGGAGGAGGUGGAUUUAAUGGAACAGCAGUGUACCCUCAAGCCGGUUCAUCAUUGUUGGAAGGUGGAGCAGGGGGCAUUAACUGCCCUGAUGUACCCCAGGUCAUGUGGGCCUAUGGGGGAUUUGGAGGAGGAGGUGGGGGAUGCACAGCAGGGGGAGGAGGAGGAGGCUUUUCAGGCGGACCAGUAUCCAGCACAAAUGAUUUGGAGAGAAAUGGAGAGGGUGGAAAAUCAUAUGUCCAUCCAAGUGGCAACGAUGUUCACAUUGUUCAUGGAGCCAACACUGAAAUCAGUGGCGUCGUUGAGAUUGUCGUUGUGGACCUCAUGUGUCACUGUGAACACCUUUGUCAAAAGCAAAAUGGGAAAUAUAAAUGCAUUUGUCGCAAUAACUACAUAGUUGCUGAGGAUGGAUCGUGCCAAAAUGCAUCUUCCCUUCUCAUGUCUAGAAGUGUAGAGAUGGAGUCCAUAUCUGAUACUGGGAUGAUGAUCGCCAUAGUAGUAGGCUCCCUUGUCACUCUAAUUAGCAUUAGCACAUGCCUUGUGUGUAUCAUAAAAUGGGUGCAAAGGAACAAUAAAAAGCGAAUCAAAGCAGCGCGACUAGAAUUGUUAGUCGGAGUUAACACUGACAACCAAUUAAACUCCUUGCGUCCCAAUGCUCAUCUUGAGACUAAUCCAAAUUACGACUUCUGUGGCGACAAAUGUAGUUUUCAGGACCUAAGAGAGAUUCCCCGCGACAAAUUGACACUUGUUAAGGCGUUAGGACAAGGAGCAUUUGGCGAAGUCUACCAAGGUUACCUGUCUGAUAUUCCAAGAGAACCAUCUGACCUUCCAGUUGCCGUCAAGACACUCCCUGCAUUGUGUACGGAUCAAGCAGAAAUGGAUUUUCUGAUGGAGGCAGUCAUAAUGAGUAAAUUCCAACACAAAAAUAUUGUUCGUUUUAUCGGCGUUUGUUUCGAGAAGCAUCCACGUUUCAUCAUCCUUGAACUUCUGGAGGGAAAUGAUAUGAAGACGUUUCUACGAGAGUCCCGACCAAAAUUGGAUCGACCAUCCCCUCUAAGCAUGCCAGACUUGAUUAAGAUGUCAUUAGAUGUCAGCUAUGGAUGUCAGUACCUGGAGGCCAAUCACUUCAUCCAUCGUGACAUCGCAGCCAGAAACUGUCUCCUCACGACCAAGGGGCCGUAUAGAGUUGCCAAAAUAGCCGAUUUUGGAAUGGCCCGAGAUAUAUACAGGGCUGACUAUUAUAGAAAAGGGGGUAAAGCUAUGCUACCUGUCAAAUGGAUGCCCCCUGAGGCAUUUCUUGAUGGAAUAUUCACUUCAAAGACUGAUGUCUGGUCCUUCGGAAUUUUGCUUUGGGAGGUGUUCACCCUGGGUUACAUGCCUUACCCAGGCCGUGGGAAUCAAGAAGUCAUGCAGUUUGUCACAAAUGGCGGGAGAUUGGAAGCCCCGGAUAAUUGCCCCGCGCCCAUAUAUGGUAUCAUGACUGAUUGCUGGAAGAGUGUCGCAGAAUUGAGAUCCAAUUUUACGCAGAUUAUAGAACGACUUGGUUACUGCUCACAGGACCCAGAUGUGACUUCUGCUGCUCUGCCAAUAUUUUUCCGACCGCCUUCGAUUGAGAAAGAUCAAACAUUGAUGCGCCCAAAAGAUCCAGAUAGUCACGUUCUUCGGGUGGAAGCUAAUCCGACAAACAAACCUCAUGUCUCAUCGAAUAUGGAAUCCAUUGAACAAAUUUUAUCAUGUAACAAUAAUGAAUCUCUUCUUGACUGUUCAAGGGGUCUUAAAACAAAUCAAGAGACCCCUGCUAAUAACACUGAAAAUGAUUUACUUUUACCGCAAUCUUACGAGAAUUCUCCUAGGCGGAAAGUUACAAGGAAAUCCAAUAGCCCAAAUGCCUCAACGGGCAGGGAACAUGUUCCUUUUAGGAUCACAAAUGGCGAUACCUCAUUUGUAAAUCGGAACUUAGGAGGUUUGAACCAAUCGCAGGUUUUGACGCAGAAUCCUAUAUUUAACAAGUCAAUGUCAAAACUUGAUCCACCAGUCUUGACAGCACUCAGUCCCGAGAAAAAACAUCAUGGACGAAGAAACAAUUUCAGUAAUUCGAACGGAUUUACUCCUCCAAGCGUAGAAAUAAACACAGAUGACUCGGGUGUGGAUAUAUCAUAGGACAAAGUAUUUAUCCCCAUUUUACUAGGAACCCUUUAGCUAGAAUUACUACACUCUGACUAUAAUAAACAAAUGAUUUAUAAAAGUUGACCUUUACAUAGUCAAAAAGUACAGGGUGUCCCUCUCAUUACACAGACUGUGUAUCAUAAUUGUAAAGAGACUUACGGACACCCUGUAAAUUAAUAAUUGUGCUUGAACAUAACUGAUUGUAGACUAGGUAGACAUACAUUGUAGACUACAUGUAGGUUGUAAAGUCAUGUGAAGUAGUUAUGCUAUUCCAAAGGAUAGUGAUUUAUUGUAUAUUGUCUGACAAUUGUAAUGAAUACAAAUUACUUCCAUACAUGAACAAUGUAUGUAGACAUUAGAAGCAAAGGAAAUUGCAGUGUUUUCAUUAAUUUAUUCUCAA